CCAGGGGCGGGUACUGAGGCUAUAUAAAGGAGCACGGCGGGGUCUUAGCUCUCUCCUCGGACAGCGGAAGGGUGGGUCUGGGGAGCCGCCCCUGGAGCCGGAGCUGUCGUGUCCCCGGCCUCUUAAAUUUCCCGUUGCAAACAAUAAAGGCCUUUCCUACCGUAGUAGGUGUGUGUCUGCGUUUUUUCCGAGGUUGUCUUAGGGAGGCUGCACGCGUUAUCCCACAAAGCGGAAUUGCAGCUUUUCUCUUGGACCUCAGGCUCCUGCGGGAGUGCGGGCGACAUUUCGCAGAAGGUUCUCUGGCCGACCUUGCCGGGAUCUCCAGAUGGCCGCGCUGCGCGCAACGCUCCACGUGGCGACCCUGGCGGCCGGGGCGCGCCGCGCUUUGUUGGGCUCUCUGGCUGGUAGCUGCCUGGCCGACCGUCGCCUCUGGGAUAAGCUCCAUGGCGGUUUCCGAAUCGGCAGCGUCCCCACGUUCGACUGGUUCUUUGGGUAUGAGGAAGCCCAGGGGUUCCUUCUGCCGCUGCUUCAGGAGGCUCGGGCUGCCUAUCCAUUCCGGGUGUUGGACGUGGGCUGUGGGACCUCCAGCUUGUGUACAGGCCUCUACACCAAGUGUCCACAUCCCGUCGAUGUGCUGGGGGUGGACUUCUCUCCUGUGGCGGUGGACCACAUGAACAGCCUCCUGGAAGGUGGCCACGGCCAAACACCCCUGUAUCCUGGGCACCCUACCUCUCGACUGCAGUUCAUUCAGGCUGAUGCCCAGAACCUGGGCCCAGUGGCUUCCUCCGGCUCUUUCCAGCUAGUUCUGGAUAAGGGCACCUGGGAUGCUGUUGCCCGCGGUGGUCUGCCUGGGGCUUACCAGCUUCUGUCAGAAUGCCUAAGGGUCCUAAGCCCCCAGGGGACCCUGAUUCAGUUUUCAGAUGAGGACCCUGAUGUGCGGCUGCCCUGCCUGGAGCAAGGGUCCCAAGGCUGGACUGUGACUGUGCAGGAGCUAGGCCCUUUCCGGGGCAUCCCCUACUUUGCUUACUUGGUUCAAGGUUCUCGUUAAAGACUUUACUUCUGACUCUAAUUUUUCCGUUGGGUGAGGAGAGAGGUGGAUAGGAUUUUUUUUUUUUCAUCCUUUGUAUGACAGCUGGGAAGCAAGGAUUUGAGGCCUGGCCUCCAUGUUUACUAGCCAUGUGCACAUAUUCUGGAUGUUUCUGUGCCCCAGUUUACACCUCUGCAAGGCAGGAAUAAUAGGUGGAGUUGGGAUUACAUACAAUGUUAGGUGAAACAUUGAGUACUCAGCAAUGCCAGGCACAAGAUGUGUGCUAAAUAGAGAAGGCGCAACGGACCAUUCUCUAACCCCAACUAACUGCAGUUCCUAAGGACACAUACAGGAGUUUGUUUUUGUUUUUUAAACUGUUUUGUUUUCAAUCUAAAUCCCAGCACUGACAGACUCGGGUGAGCCAGCGGCCUAAUCUCCAAGCCUCACCACCCUCAGCCUGUGAAAGGGGGAGAUUUACAGGACAGCGAGGAGGGCCUCGUAACAAGCUUCACUGAAAUGUUAAGGGAGAGAGAACAGAUACUUACCCUCAAAGCUCCUGGGAGGCAGGAGAU